GUAAAAAGCCUUGAAAAAACUGAAUAAUAAGAGUUGUCUCAAUAUAGUGAUACAGCUCCAAUAUACAAUCUCUGCUUUGCAAAGCUCUAGAACACAAAAAAAGAUGACUGUUUAAAAUCAUCAAUGAAACAUGUUCAUAUUCUAUUUACUGACUUGAAAAGAUCCUGUUCAGAUAAAAAUCUCUGAAAGUUUUGAUGUCUAGAAGAACAGAAUUUGCUGAUACUGCUGGCAUAGAAUUCAUUCUAGUAAAGAUCAAUAAAAAUUGAAACAUUUUUAUUUUCAUGAUAUGUAGGCAAAGUAGUCUGAGUCACAUAAAAUCACACAUUACCAGGCAGCACUGUGAUAGUAGAAGAGACUAGCAGAAGACUGCAGGAAGUUGGCUUUCUUUCAAAAUCCCUUAUUUGGAAAGGAUCCUUGUGUGUAUCUAAAUACAUGUUACAUUAGAAAAUAACAGUGAAUACUCUCAUAGAAAGACAGCUUAGCUUUAGUCAUGAUAACUUAGCUCAUGCAAACAUUUCUGUAAUUAAGCAGGUACCGCUUUUCUUUCAGGCCUAAAGUGCAUGACAUUAAACCUAAGUUAAAAUAGAAGGUGUAGUAGAGUGGGAUGAACAUCCCCACUAACCAGCCCCAUUGCCCACGUUCACUGGUGAUACCAGCACUUCAGCAGAUAAAACAGGGUUAAAAUAAUAUUUAUAAUCUAAUCCAUCGGGUGGGAAAUUCAUGCUAAAGAGGAAAUAGGAAUGUCAGGCCUAUAACAGACUAACAAUGAGAGGAGCUGGAAUGUAUUGAUUAAAAGAGAUUUAGGAAAAUAUACACACAAAUAUUUCAGGGAAAAGAAACAGCUAGAAACACAUUCAAACUAAAAGAGUGAGGACAAAGAAGCAGCUUUGCAAUGAAUAUCCCUGGUUAAGUGCUGAACCUCAGGCCAAAGACCUAAUAAAUCUGAUAUCCACAGAAACUACAAAGAGAAAAGAGGGUAAAAAACCACUAGACAUACUCUUCAGCUUGCAUCAUAUAUGUAAACAAGGUAGCAGAAUACAUAAAUAACAUGAAGUGGUGUCAGACAAUCACAGGACAGUGGACACAUACUGCUUACUUUUCUACCAAGUGAGAGUUAGCACUUGAGAGAAUGUUUAAUAAAUUCCCAAACUGCCACUGAAUUUUGAGAAAAGCAUUGAGAGUUCCUAAUCUGGUAUCCAGCUUUUACACAUUAAAUACAAGAACAGACACAAAUACUGCUCCGGAGCCAAAUACAACUUAUGCUGAGCUUCGCAACUAGCCUGGAAGCUAGACCAAGGCUUGGGCUAAUUUUGCUUGCUGAAACAAGCUGUUGCUAUUUGGUAUUGAAGGGAAAAAAAUAGGGGAAAAAAACCAGCAACAAACCAGGCAGAGUAAAAGGAAGGGAUCAACAAAGCAGCAGAUGAAAAUAGGGGAAACGUUUUAGAGGCUGCUGUGGAAGAGUGGAAACUCUCUGAGGAGAGGAAGUAGGUGGAUUGAAGGAGCCAGACAGCUAACAGUGGGCAGGGAGGCAAAAGGCAAAGCAGAAUGCAGUUUUCCUAAGGCAUUUUUGUAUGUGUGGCUUCUUUCCGUCUUUGCCUUUUACUAAAUUGAGAUCAUCACACUCUUCUGCAAGCCCAGCUUUUCUCUGGAGAAGGGUACAGAGUUCAGCCACGUGAUGAUUUGGUCUCUGAAUGAGACCCUUGAGGAUUUACUAAACACACCCCUUGAUUAUUCCAGAAAGCACCUUUUUACUCCAAAUAUCUCUAUGCACAACUGUCAGUAGAACCCUGCAUAUCAGCUUCAGGCUUGUGGUAAAUUAAGAGUUAAAAUGCUGCUGUAAAGCAAUUUUAUCUCUGUGUUGGGCUGAGGCUGAAACUGAGUCAUGUGUGCAUAUUUGGGUACGUCACACCCUCUUGCUGUAGUAGACAAAGAACAAAUUAGUUCCUUACCAUAAACCUCAUGCUUACAUGCUUCUGGAUGCUUCUGGAGGACAGAUCAGUCAUUCUUUAUUCCCUUACAGAGGGGAAAAAAACCCCACAAAACGCCUCUUGAGAUGAACUAGCACAGCACCAUUGUUCAGCUGGCUGGAUUUCACACUCUACAAUGAAGAUACUGUUUUUCACUGGACUGCUCUCUUUUACCUCCAGUCUUUGCACUACAGCUUCAGAAUUUUCACGGAAUGGCUCUGCAAUUAAAACAGUGUCUCUUAUCAAAACUUUUCGUGGAAUUUCAGCGAGAGACUGUGAUUACAUCCCCCCUUAUGCUAUAGAAGGGGAAACAACAACCAUCCAUAUCAGAGAAAACAAAUGCACUUCAAACAAGUCAAAUGACUCCACGUUAACAGAAGUGAGCAACACCACACUGGAGUACCUCACCAGCUCUCUGAGCACCAAGUUAAUACCUGCCAUCUACAUCAGUGCUCUUUUAUUGGGUGUACCAUCUAAUGCCAUCAUUCUGUGGAUGCUACUCUUCAGGAUCCGCUCCGUGUGCACUGCUGUCCUCUACACAAACUUGGCUGUUUCAGACCUGCUCUUCUGCAUCAUACUGCCCUUCAAAAUAGCUUACCACAUCAACGGGAACAACUGGAUAUUUGGGGAGACCAUGUGUCGAAUGACCACGGCGGUGUUUUACGGCAACAUGUACUGCUCCAUUCUGCUGCUCACGUGCAUCAGUGUCAGCCGCUACCUGGCCAUUGUUCACCCCUUCACCUACAAGAGCCUCCCAAAGCGCGCCUACACCAUCACGGCCUGUGCUGCUGUGUGGGCCAUCGUCUUCCUGUACAUGCUCCCGCUUGCCAUCAUGCAGCAAAGCUAUUAUGUGAAGCAACUGGACAUUUAUACCUGCCAUGACCUGCACAGUGCCUGUGAAACUGUGUCUUACUUCCAGUUCUACUACUACGGGUCCUUAGCUGUAUUCGGGUUUUUAAUACCGCUUGCAACUAUCGUCUUCUGCUAUGUCUCAAUUAUACAAACACUCAAGACUCAUGAAUGGUUCUGGUAUGUUAAAGUCAGUCUUUUGAUUCUUACCAUCUUUGCUAUUUGCUUUGUGCCAAGCAAUAUUAUCCUUAUUAUCCAUCACAUCAACUAUUACUAUUACAACACAGAUAAGUUGUACUCUUUUUAUCUAACUGCUUUAUGUCUUAGCAGCCUAAACAGUUGUCUGGAUCCUUUCCUUUAUUUUCUGAUGUCAAAAAUUAGAAGUCACUCCAAUAUUUAUCUGACAGUGGUCAAAAUAUCCAGGGAAAAAUGAAUUUAUUUCUAUUACUGAAUUAUGGUUUUGUAUAGUACUAACAAAGACAGCAACAAAUCUCAGGUGCAACUUUUAUACUUCAAGUAAAGUGAGUUAGAAAACACAAUCUCAGUUAAAUUUACUUCCUUCCACAAGGAAUAUCUCCAAAAAUACACUUCUCCAGCUCUAUAACUUUAUUACACGUGUUGCAACACCUGUGUACCUAGAUUCAGGGAAGUAGCUCUGCACCUCCAUUUCCUUCUGAGAUCACUUUCUGGCCAUGGAGAAGCUGCCAGGGUAUCAGUCACCACAGCUUCUAAAUACCAGAGGAGGAGUCAGCAUCCAAAGAGCACUUCUAGGGCAAUUCAUGACACUUCAAAUUAGCCCUCAGCCAACAAUCACGGCAAGAACAGUGUUUAAAAAACAAGUUUUUGCCUGGUGAAAAUGGGAACAAGCACUUUCUACAUGCCUGGGACCAGUCAAGAGCAAAUACUGCCCUGGAUGUUGGAAAUACAGAGUCCCCAUAGGUUCACAAAACAGUAAGUCUACAGCCAUGGACACAGAACCUGACUCUUGCAAGGCUACCUCUCCCAUGAGGCUGCUUAACCAGCUCUGGACUGUAGACUUGUUCUUCGACUUUGUCAGCGCCUGCACUUCCCUAACCCACAGGGAUUGCUGGCAGCUAACCCUUAUCAGUGUGAACCCAGGCAUAAAUUACUCUUGCUUGGUAAGCAAAACAGGGAAACUAUUUUGUAGUAUUCUCUAUUUCAACAUCCUCACAUGAAAUACCUACAGUGUUACAAAUACUGCAGCUAGUUACCACUGACUAUUAGUAAAACAAUGGGUCAAUUUUUACCUUUACAGAAACUCAAAACCUACUUAUAUACUAAGUUCCUAGAAAAUUACCUCAGUGAUUGUCAUUUGAAUUUAUAACUGCAGCAUGUAAGUGAGGAUACAAAUGUUUUAUGUUGUUUUGAUAAUAGUAUUGUAAAAAAACUUUACUUAAAUAAAAUGAGUUGCAUUGGAAAAUGUCUCAAGGGAAUUUGCAGCCUGGUGAGGGUCCCCUUUUUCUAUUUCUUCUGGCUCUUAAUUUAGGUUAGUUUUAAUCCCGCCAUUCCUUCAACAUGCAUAAGAACAAAUUUUAAAGAUAACUCUAAAAUAAUUCAAUUUCAAAAUGUUGAAAAUAUUAUUGAGGUGAACCUAACUAAAACCUCUGUACCUAUCACACAAAAAAUGCUACAGCCAAACAUAGUCAUUUGGUCCAUCUGUUUAAUUUUCCAGUUAUCCACAAUAUGCUCCCUUAAGACAGAGCUUCUCUUCACUGGGACCUGAAUAUAUUUGGCUUGAAAAGGCUUUCAGAACUGUUAAAAGCUGUGGUUUAAGAUUUACAGGACAAAAUUAGUUCCAGGUUUGCGUUUUCAGUUUCAAGCAAGGAACAAAUAGGUCAGAUCUGAGAUAAGGACUUCAGAUUAUAAGGAUAAUGAAUUCUGGCAGAUUUGGGUGCAGACUCCCCCAGAUCACCACAGCUAAGGGGAAGUGACAGCAAGCUGCCUACAAUAAGUGAGUAGGUUUGAUGCAUAUGUUUUUCCAGAUGUUGGGGCAGGAAGUUUAUAGGAGAACUAUCUGAUCCUUGUAAAUGAAAUAUUUCCUUUUACUACAGCUCACUCUUAAAACAUGCUAAACACAAAUUCUGGCAGAUCUGCUUUAUAAACAGGGAUCAGAAAAAGUGGAAAAUAGACAGACUUCAGAAAUUGCACUGUCUUUACAAUUGUGUUUGGAUUUUUUUUUAAGGAAAUGUCAGUCUAAAUCGUAUUUUUACCUAAAGAAUGGUCAUAUCUAUGAUUGAUCACUGUAAAGAGUAAGUAUGCAUCUGAGUGUUUCUUUUGGGAGCACUGUGUCUUGUUUGCUUCUGAAACAGGAGCAACAUUCCUGUUCACAGAGAAGAUGUUCUAAGUAGUUGCCAAAAGACUGCAAAACCAAAAUAUCUCAGAAGACAAAGGCCAGCAGAAGUCUCUAGGAACAUGAAAAAUCUUAUGAUGAGAAGACUUCAAAGAGAUUGUACAAUUUUUGUUCCAAAAUUUGGAAACACUCCUUUGUUUCCUAUGAGCACAUUCACACCAGGACAGGAGUAGGCAUCAGGUUUGCAUCUGGGGAGCACUGGGACAGCUGGCAGGAGUGAGGCAGGAGUGAGCAGUAGGACUGCUGUGUGCAGGCACCUGUGGGCUGUAGGUCUGUGCCUUGGGGACAUCCUGGCUCACUGGGCAUACACAUGGCAUGUCCUGGGUCAGCACUGGGCAGCCAGCACCCUCACUGUGCACAAUCAUUGACCCCAGCCCAUCCAGGACAGCUGAAGUCAGAAUGCACGAAACCCUCCCCAGCACAUAUGGAGAGAGAGAAAGCUUUUCAGCACUGAGGGCUCAGUGAAAGCAGCCCUUACCUGGGAACCCUGGUGAGAAAUUGAUUUGAGCAAACACCUUUCAAAAGUUCUGACAGCAUGGUUUCACAGCAGGUACCCCAGGUGAGGUGACACAAAUGCUGGAAGACACUUUACAAGCCGAAGUUUGCAGACUUUCCCCAGCUUACCAUGUUACCUCAGGGACACAUUGUGUGAAUUUUAAUUAUGUUUUCCAGACACUGGACAUUUUAAGUGGCGUGCUAGUCCUGCAAGCUGCCAGAUUGAUCUUUGUUUAUGCUUCUCUGAGCUGUAAUGCUAACCAGGCCACUGCUUUUGGGGAAGCAGACAGCAACAUCCAGGUGAGAUAGGUUUAAGCUGAGGGCACAUGCAAGACCAUCAGCUUGUUAUUGCAUGAUAAAGCUGGAAAAGAAAUAUGUACAAAACUCCGCUACAAUAAAACAACAUAAGCAAAGGAGACUCCUCAAAAUACUUCCCAAAGAUUUGUUAAAUAACACCACAAUUGUGACUUCUUUUUGGCAAAAACCUCACUUUCCAUCCAUAUUGUAGCUAUCUGCCUGACACAGUCAGGCAUUCAUACUGUAUUCUUAUACAUAUUCCUAACUGAGUACUUCUGCUGCCCGUAUUUUGUAAUAGCUGCAGCAACCUAGUAGAAUUAAAAUAAGUGAGAUUACAGCAUAGCAAGACAUAUGCAGAAAAUGCCUUAAUUUUAAUACAUUGAGAAUUAAUCCUUUUUCCCAGUCAGAAUAAGUUAUAAUGCAAAAUUACUUAGUGGCAGUUUGUUGUCACUGGCUUAUUUACAAUCUCACUGGGCAAAGAUAAUGCAAACAUCACAGGACCAGAACAGGGACACAGAAACAAGCGAAAAGAAUUGGCAUUUCACUUCUCACAGAGAACAACAGUAAAA